AUGGCAGUAGACGCAAUGGAUAUCGACCCUCUGCCCCUGCGCACCGCCGAGGCAGAGCGCAAGCGCAAGAGCAAGAAGGAAGCACCCGCAUCGCCCUCCAAGAAGCGCAAGCAACAACCAGCAGCCGACGCCCAACCCAACCCCAGCUCCCCCUUCACCCUCACAACAGCGACACUCUACCUGCCUCUGUCGCCCAUCUCAAUCUCGCCCACGCAUGCGCUGGCCUCGCUGCUCGCCGAGCACCUCUCGCCUUUGCUCUUGACGUACUUCCCCCCGCUGAAGGGCGUUGUCAUGGCCUACUCCAAUGCGUCUAUCUCCAGUCGUCCCCCGUCUGACUCUUCACGGCUCGCUUCUGAUCCUAACCCUCAGCCGUUGACUCUGGCCACCACUGCGGACGAGUACGGCGUGCUCUACGUCUACCUGACUGCUACUUUCCUGGUCUUCCGUCCGAAGCGCGGGCAGAUCCUGGAUGGGUGGGUGAAUGUUCAGUCUGAGGGAUUCCUCGGUGCGGUCGUUUUCAACUUGUUCUCUGUUGGCGUGGAGCGGAAGCGUCUGCCUUCGAAUUGGAAGUGGGUUCCUCCUGGCGAGGAGGCGGAGACUCCUGCUACGACUGAUGAGGACUCGGGGUCUGAUCAGAGCAUGGCUGGGUUCGAUGCUGAGAAGGAGAUGUUCCAGCCUACUUCUUUGGCUGCCGAGGAGACUCCUCUUGACGGCGAGGAGGAGGAUGAGUCUGCUCACUCCGGGUAUUUCCAGUCUGUAUCUGGGCAUCGGGUGCGUGGCUCUGUUCGCUUCCGUGUUGUUGAUAUCGAUGUGAUUCCUGGGUCGGAGCGGGACCGUGGGUUCCUCAGCAUCGAGGGUACGAUGUUGUCUCCAGAGGAAGAGGAGCAGCUUCUCGAGUCUGAGCGUCAGGGUCACUCUCUCCCGCCUUCUUUCUUCUCAUCACCUACCAAGACCCACACUGUUCCUAUCAUGAAUGUGCCUGUGUCGGAGGCUGACGAGGUUUCGGUCGUGGAUGUGCACCCAGACAGCCCUAAGAAGGAGAAGAAGGAAAAGAAAGAGAAAAAGGAAAAGUCGGAGAAGAAAGAAAAGAAGGAAAAGAAGUCCAAGUCCAAGAAGACCGACUAA